CUCGUCAUAGAAAAUGAAACUUUAGUUGGCGUAACUUGUAUAAAUAUUGUUUUCUGACCAGGGGGAAAAAGACACAGGCCGAUUGGGGCUUAAAUUUUAUUAGUAAAUUAAAUUCUGCAGAACAUGUAAAUAAUAUAAGUAGGAAUUAACAAAUGUAACAUGUCCAUGUCUGAGGACUAAAUUAACUUAAAAUGUACCCCCGUAGUAGUAAGCAAAGCCUAGUUACAUGGCAAACCCGUUCUGCAGAAACCUAAUGGCAGAAGAAAUGUAAUUAGAACUAGGUAUAACAGUCAGAACACAAAGGGGAAAUAAAGUGUAUAGACACAACACUUAACGGAGCCCGACCAAGACAUAAUGGGAAAUCCGCGAAAAGUUUCGAGUACUGCGACGGUCGGGUGGAGAGAGAGGGAGCCCCUCUCUACCUCGGAAUUUAUAUGGCCCCGGGCUUCCCGCGCAUCUGCGCGGGGCGCACUGCGCAACUGUUUCUUUGUCCCCCUCUUCAGAAACAUCUCCGAUUUGUAUUUCAAAUCAGAGGCCAUUACGCGGCAAAUUCUGUAUACCUGAAUUUACUUGAGGGCCACUAACACUCUAGUGACCUCAGGAAGGACCGAAAGCUAGCGGCUUGUCGAAGGUCCCCCCGAAAGAAAGAAAGGUCCCCCCCUUCGAAAGUCCUGAUAACGUUUUUCAACUAGAUUUUAAAAUUACAAAUUUAAAAUCACACCCACCCACUGGGUAGCUCAGAGAGGGCGUGGCCGCCUGGGGUGGGUGUGGCCGCUCAGAAAGGGUGUGGUCCACCAUAAUAUAAAACUGUUUUACGAGAAAUUCAUCAGUACACGUAUAUACCUCACCCGGGAAGGACGUACAAGAUUUUUUUGUUUCAAGUGUUUUGUUGGAGAAUUUUACCUGAGGGCGACCAUCUCUCUCUAGUGGCCUCGACGAGGACAAGAUAUCUUUUAUAAACGUUAAAUUGAAGACUCUACAUCUUUAUAAACGUUUAGUGUUGUAGAGAAGGUAUAAUGGGUAAUAAGAUUGACGCAUUCUCAGAGGAGCAGCUCGAGGAGUACCAGGCCUGUACCUUCCUCACCAGGAAAAAUAUUCUCAGAGCUGAGAGAAUAUUCCGUCAGCUUGGCGGGGGCAAGUUGCCGGAGGUGGUUGACAGGCAGUGUGCGGCUCGGUUCACCGUCCCCUACACUGCUCUUGAUGCCCUGACAGAACUCAAGGAGAACCCAUUCCGUCGACGGGUCUGUGAAGUCUUCAGCGGAGAAAGGUCAGCAUCACUGACCUUCGAUGAGUUCCUGGAGAUGUUUUCAGUCUUCAGCGAGGCUGCCCCUAGGGACAUUAAGGCCACCUACGCCUUCAAGGUCUACGACUUCGACGGGGACGGCUUCCUGGGGGAGGAGGACCUUCAGCAGUGUGUCCGGCACCUUACUCACGACCUCCUCACACCUGAUGAGUACUCCACUAUUGUCGCUAAGGUGCUGGAGGAGGCGGACGUGGACUGCGACGGUCGGCUCUCACAGUCAGAGUUCACACACGUCAUCCUUAAGAGUCCGGAGUUCGUCUCUAACUUCCACAUCCGCAUCUGAACGCCCCCGGCGGCCGGCGGGCGGGCCAACUGGCGCGAUGGUUCUUGAUGCGUCUUACGCCUUAUUGGCUUUUUG